AUGCUUUGUUAUCAAGAACCGAUUAAUCUACGAAAUGUUUCACAAAAUGUAUAUAGGGCGGUAUGGUUUUCAGCAUAGUUUGUUUGCGCGUUUAAAAAUCAAUAAUUUUUUGUAUUUCAGACGGAGAAAGAAUGGUUAAUUUGUCCGCGUUGUAAAAAUAAGAUGUUGAAGCCGAAUAAAAUGGGGACAAAUAAUGAUGGAUUGAUUUGGAUUUGGUGGAUGUGUGAGAAUAAUAAUGAAUGUAGUUUUCCUAUGGAAAUGCCGCCAGAUAUUUAUCACGUUGAACAGACUGCUGAACAGGCGAAAAAAGGGUUUUACCCACUUCCUCGAAUUCGUUCACUUCCUUCCAAGCUUCAUCAUCUUUAUCCAAUUACAUUUGCUGCAAGUCUUCAUGAAAAACGGUGUAGUAGUUCGGCGAGUAUUCAAACUUCCACAUGUGACUCGGGUUUAUCAAAUAGUUCAACUGAAAUUACCUCAACUCCAAGGCAAACCGAGAAUGAUCCAAGUUGUUCGACAUCUGAAGGUGUGACAAAUGUUGAAGAUCGAGGAUAUGAAAUUGAACAAGAAGAGAUUAUUGAAAGUAGCAAGAAGAGGAGACCAAUUCGAACGAUUAAGAAAGAAGGAUUAUUGGAUACGGAUAAAUCUUGGACGAAAUUGAUAGCAAAAAUAGCACAGGAUAAAACAGAGUAUAGGGAAUUUUUGGAUAUUAAAGAUGAACAAUUGAUAUCAAGAGUGAAAGAAAUUAUUGAUGAAGGAGAAGUUGAGAAGAAGCCAGUUGCAUUGACGACAAAAGGAAGACGAAAAACUUUUCAAUUGGAUGAAAUGGAUUCUUCUUUGAGACAAUAUCCAUUGAGAGUUGAUUGGAAUGUUGCAAGAGUUCAAUUAUUACAAUUAGAUAGAUAUAAUAAGGUAAGUAUUUUGAGACUAAAUCGACUAAAUGCCAUUUUCAUGUUUUUUAAGCAAGUUAGUUGAAAUAUUCGGUUUUAAUGUUAUUCAUGUGAUAGAAUUGUCUAAGACGAACACAUAAUGAUAUAAAUUUUGAUGACUUUACGUUAUCCAUAAGUGAUUUAGCGACUUAUCGACUAAAUAUCGACUAAACAUCGCUAAAUCACUUAUGGAUAAGGUAAACUCUUAAAAUUUAUAUCAUUCUGUUCGUCUUAGACUAUUCUAUCAUAUGAAUAACAUUAAAAACCAAUAUUUCAACUAACUUGCCUAAAAAACAUGAAAUAGUCAUUUAAUCGAUGUCCAUAUUGUAAAUAAUAUUUUUCUUAUUAUAGAUGAACAUUGGAUUUGCGCCAAAUUCCGAAAAAGUUCUCGACGCUAUUGGAAUCGAAGUCAAACCAAGUAUUCUGAAUACGACGAGUCAUGAAGAAGUCACGAGGGAUAGAGCCAAAAUUUUGUCGGAGAAAAUCGAGGGAGCAUUGGUAGGUGUUUUUGUAGUUUGUUGUAUUUAGAAUUGUGAAUUAAUGAUUUUUUUGUUGCAGAAACGAAUCCAUCAACCGGUAUGUGAAAAUGCGAAUGAGAAGGCGAAACGACAAAAAUUGGAGACUGUUCAACGAUUGCAAAAUGUCAAAGAGCAGAGGAUAAAUGCGGUUAGGUCGCUAGCGAAGUCACGGGUUUUGAGUAGAGUAAGUUCUAGACUAGCCUAUAUUUACAGAUUUUUAAACUUAUUUUUUCAGCUAAGCAAUAGCGAGCGUCCGACGCCUUCAAUCACACCAUACACAUAUUCCAAUUUCGCCUCUCCAUUUUACGAACAAAUUACAACUCCACAUCCAUCACCAGCCAAUUUUGUUCCCAAUGAAUAUUCACUUAAUCUUUCUGGCCUUCAUGAUGAUUAUCAACAUUAUCAGCCAAUUUUACAACAACCGGCUGAAGUUCGAGAAGAAGAAGAAGAAGAAGAAGAACAUCAAGAAGACAAUGAUCUCGAUUUGGAUCAAUUUAUGUUUGAUAAUCAAGAUGAUUUUACUGGUAUUUUAGAAGAUGAACAAAUCCCCGAACAAGAUCUAGAACCAGAACAUCCGAAUUUCGGUGAUUUGGAAGAUUUUCAAUUUUAG